AUGGCCGAUUUCACUGAACUCCAAUUGACGUCAACGAAGCCCACUCGACCUCCAAUCGCGAAUCUAUCAAGACUUGGCUCAGAUAUGUCUUCUUCAUCUCAUAUUGACAAUGGCCUGACGAGAAGGAGAGCCAAUUCACAACAGGGCGGCGAGGCUGGACAUUUCGUACCAGUCCGAAAGCCGAAGAAGAAGAGAGUUCGUCUGCCAAAUCAUCGAUCCGCUAGCGACUCAUCCGCCGCCAUCAUAGAAGGAAGUUCUCUUGUCGCCUCGCACCCAGAGCCGAUACCUGAGAUAUUAACCCAAGACACUACUGUACUGAAAGGCGCGUCGAAGUUCAGAAUGGUCCCUCUAGAGUCGAGCCUCGAACACUCAACUAUCAUUCCAACCAGCCUAAAAGUCUUUGAAAAGACACUUGACGAGUCUGUACCCUCGGCCGCCCUUCAAAACAACUAUCCUCUCACAGUUCUAGACACGUCGCUACUAGUCAAUUCUAUCUCAGCCAUCCAGAACAAACCAAACAAUAUCCACGGCAUUGGCGACUUCACUUCAUGGGAUACAAUGCUGUUUACGAAGCGCGCAGCCAUCGCCAACUUAGCUGCAUUCAGUAGAAGCAUCAACAGAGCAAUGAAUGGCAACACGCUAAAGUCUGAAAUCGUCAACAUCACCAGAGAGCUUGCCUACGCAGAGUGUACGAGUUUCGAUAUCAAGCAGUACAUGGUGGCAAGUCCCGGUAACUCAGUCGCGAUAAGAAAAAUUUGGCCUGAACUUGUUAUCUUUAAUGCCACUGGAUCAAUUUCUUACGAGAUUAUUGGUCAGUCAUUAGUUUCAUGGGGACCUACUGGCAUUAAUGGACUUGAGGAGUUCGAACUCAUUGUUCUUGGCUGGAUGAAACUCGCAGAGCUACAUCAAUUGUCACGGUUGAAUCGCCUGGUUGAGUACAAAAAUGAGAAGCCAGACGAUCUUAGCCUUUUCCUGCAAUUCCGUGGUACAAAGUUGAACGCCACAUUUUGGACCCCCAAUGGCUUGAAGAAGCUCAGAGAGGAUAUCUGGGAGGCUAUCGAUGGAGGCGAAUUCCAGCGAAAGUCUCAGGCUGUUUCCGAUUCAAUUGGACCUGUGUCUACCUCGAAGAACUCAACUAGGCAUCUUUCGUUGUUGAGAGAUGGUCUUGGCAUCUAUACAUUUCGACUGCAGCCACACCACAUGUCCGCUGCCGACCCCAAACAUGACAUGACAACUUCUGGCGCUGGAAAUGUUGGUAUGCUGCCUGUCCAGAAGCAACCGGCCAUGAAAUGGUCAUUUGUAGUGUACACUUAG